AUGCCUCCAAACCGUAUCCUAAACCCACAAUCAACCCCUUCCUCUCCCCCAACUAGAGCAACAGUCCCAACAAAAUACGGUGUACGCAUGCUCAACGGUCGCGUAUACGGCUCAAAACGUCAACCCCCCUCAAAUCCCUUUGCAAACGUUCGCGACGAGCCAGAAUUCGUAGAAUGGGGUUAUGGUGGCAUGGGAAGCGUAAAUGGCAGCAGCGAUUCAAAGUAUUCCGUACUCGCAAAAGGUGCACCUGCUCUCCUCUCCCAUGGUCACGCUCAGAAACUUCCUGUCGGUGGAGGUCGUGGUGGCGCUGCUAGAAGGAUCGAUGGUGUCGGUGAUGAUGAUGACGAUGGAAGUGGUAUGGGUUGGGUUCGUCGUAGGAGAUUGGAGAAAGAACGUCUCGCUAGAGAAAAGGAGGCUGGUGAGGGAACUGCUACCCUUGAUUCAGAUUCGAGGCGUACCAGCACUGAUGGAUCCUCUGCUGUGGAUAGUGCAAGCACCGAUCGCUCAACCCUCGCUGCCUCUUCAGCUCCCACAACCCCUCCUAGCACAACCGAUAACCUCCCAGACCAAGACCAACGUAUCCUCCAGGCCAUAAGACUUAGCCCACAUCAUAAACGCUCACCUGAACGAGGAGACCUCGCGUUGGAUACCAUCCUCUCCCCCCUCGAGCCUGCUGACAAAAGCACCACCAGCGACAGCAGCAGCGAUGAUGAAGAGCCGCCCAAAGAGGAUGAAGAAGAUGAGAGCGAGGAGGAGCUGAGCGAGGAUCAACGCAAGACAUCGCUGAGUGCUGGAGUAGAGAAAAUUAGCCGGCACAAAGAGGGAUUGCACAAAGAUGGGUAA